AUGCACCCGAGUCUCAGCUCGGUCGCUCUGAUCGCGGGGACCGGCCCCGGGGGUGUAGGCUGUAGCCAGAGCGAGCCGCCCGCUUGGAGCAAGAGCAGGACACGGGGGAAAGGUGACUCUAAGGGGCGACCCCCUCCAGAGAUGGAGUUCGACUCUUACCAGCAUUACUUCUAUGACCAUGACUCCGAGGAGGAUUUCUACCGAUCCACCGCCCCCAGCGAAGACAUCUGGAAGAAAUUCGAGCUGGUGCCCACUCCCCCCAUGUCGCCCCUGUGCAGCGCGGGGGGGAAAACCUGUUGCCCCGGGGCAGGGGAGAGGUCCGACUGGCUCUCCCACUGCUGCCUGGCCGGGGAAGAGCCGGAGUAUCUGAUCGACACCGGGGAGAUCUUUGGGAACCUGAGCGCCUUCGUUCUCCAGGACUGCAUGUGGAGCGGCUUCUCCGCCCGGGAGAGGCUGGAGAAAGUUAUGACCGAGAAACUCUCCACGGGCACGCAAAGGGUUAAUCCGCACAAGCCCUCCUUUGCCCAGGACUUCGGGUUCAACAACUCGGUGAGCGAGUGCGUGGAUCCUGCUGCCGUCUUCCCCUGUCCCUUGGCUGAGAACAAACAUCCCCCUGCCUCCUCCGGGCCCGAGCGGCAAUGCGAUUCUGAGGGUGAAGAGAUUGAUGUGGUGACAGUGGAGAAGAGACAAUCGCUCAGCAUGAGGAAGCCGGUCACCAUCACCGUGCGAGCAGACCCCCUGGACCCCUGCAUGAAACGCUUCCACAUCUCCAUCCAUCAGCAACAGCACAACUACGCUGCCCGCUCUCCACCAGACCCCUGCUCCCAGGAGGAGGCCUCAGAGAAGGAGAUCAAGGAGGAGCCCCUGAGCAGCCCAGAGCAAGCCGCAGAGAGCUCAUCGCCUGAGCCUUGCCUGCUGAAACCUGAGAGCGCCCCGAGCUCAGAUAGCGAGGACAUGGCCAAGAGGAAAAACCACAACUACUUAGAACGCAAGCGGCGAAACGAUCUCCGCUCACGCUUCCUGGCACUGAGGGAUCAGGUCCCCGGUCUGGCUAACUGUCCCAAAACCCCCAAAGUGGUGAUCCUGAGCAAAGCUUCGGAGUACCUGCAGUCGCUAGUUAGUGCAGAGAGAAGGAUGGCUACAGAGAAAAGGCAGCUGAAGUUGAGACAGCAUCAGCUGCUGAAACGAAUCGCCCAUCUCAAGGGACGUUAG